AUGAAUGCUUCCUUAUUCGCAGGAAAUGACUUGGACAUUGAUGAAGAGGCUUCAAAUCAUUCGAUACCUCCUCUAGGUCGAGCAAGCGACCUGACCUACCAUUUCUACAGCCAGCGUCAUCCGAGCCACAGCAUCAAAAUCAGGAGUUCUACUUUAGAUCGACUGCAUAACACAGAUUUUCAGCCCAGAAAGGCUAGUCUGUUCAUAAUCCACGGUUGGAAGAACCAUAACGAAUCUGAUGUGAACUAUAAAAUUAGGGAAACUAUCCUUAGUCAUGAGGAUAUCAAUGUUUUCGUUGUGGACUGGAGUCCGAUGGCUGGGAGGAACUAUAUUUCGGCUAGAAAUGCCGUAGUCAGAGUAGGGCAGUAUGUAGCUGACUUCAUCAAGGAUUUGAAACGUGAAUUUGGGUUGAAACUGAAUGAGGUUAAAUUUGUUGGGCAUUCCUUAGGAGCUCAUAUCUGUGGAAAUGCUGUCAGAAAUCGAAUUACCCCACCAAGAAACAAUAAUAGCGUAGGGGACAAGCAAGUUAUCACCUGUGAUUAUGAAAUCGACUUUGCUGAUUAUAGCCCACCUGCGAUUAUUAGAUAUAGAACCUUGCCGCCACUAGCGAGUGCAUCUGUAUAUCCGCUAGGCGUGGAGGGUAACAAGAAAGCCGAUAUCCUCACCAAACAGGGAACCGAAUCUGUGUUCAAAGGACCAGAACCAUAUUUUGGGGUCACCGCAAGUGCGGCGAAAACAACUAUCUCGGGCUGGGCGGAGGGAAAAACACUCACGUACUGGUCUGAAUUACCAGGAUUAACCCAUUCAAAGGCGUUCCUGCCUAAACCAUCGGAAAAAAUAACCAGGCAGAUCCUAGAAUGGAGCAGGAGUAACCUGCGAAUUCUGACUGGACUGCUUACGGGACACUGUCGUCUAAGAUACCACCUGGGAAGGAUGGGUCUGAACCAACAAACGGACUGUCGGUUCUGUUGUGUGGAAGACAAAACGGCUGAACACAUAUUAUGUUCAUGCUCUAGCUUAGAAAGACUUAGGUUCGACACAUUUGGCUUUACCAAUUUAGAACCUAUCGAUUUCAGACGAAUCUCACCCAAUUCAACCAUGAACUUUGUAAAAAGAUGUGGAUUGUACGGUGCUGCUCUUGGUGGUCGAGUGGACCGUAUAGUCGGUCUAGACCCAGCCGGUCCGCUCUUCACCGUCAAAAACAAAGACAAUCGCCUCGACGCAUCCGACGCACACUUCGUCCAAGUCAUCCACACGAACGGAGGUUUGCUGGGCUUCGGAGUAGCCAUGGGUGAUGCCGACUAUUUUCCCAAUGGAGGGCGCAGCCAGAAUGGAUGUGGAAUGGACCUAACGGGAUCCUGCGCGCAUUCCAGAGCCUAUGCCUACUACGCUGAGAGCCUGAGAAGCGGCGGGUUCGUUGGUAGAAAGUGCGGUAGCUAUUCGGACUACACCAAAGGGAGGUGUGAUGGGAAUGAGGCAUCUGUGAUGGGAGGAUUCGUCAGUGAUAAGAGGUGAAGCAUGAUCCUGUAGAAAAUAAUUAAACAUCAACGUCUAAUGAGUUUUAUGAUGUCUCUGAUGAGAGCAGGAAUCUAUGAGGUUCAUUUUGUCGUUCACAUAUCCUAGGUAGUAUAUCAACAUCAAUAUAGAGGCCUGAAAAUCUCCUAUUUUGAGUGAUACAGCUGUAGAUCUUGAACAGUUCAUUGUACCAGUAUUUCAGCUGAUGGAGCUACUGUGUAAGCGGAACAUGUCGU